AUGGACGCAGCCUCGCCCUACCUCACCGCGGCGGCAUCCCUCCUCCUCGCCACCCUCCUAACCCUCUACCUCCCCUCCCUCCUCACCACCAUCCCCGCCAAACUCCUCUCCCUCAAAACCUCCCUCCUCACCAAACCAACCACCAAACCAACACCCCCUCCCUCCCCACCCCUCGCCGUAACAAAAGAACCCGACUUCCCACCCAACUGGUACACAUCCCCAGCCCUCUACGCCCUCGAACAACGCUCCAUCCUCUCCAAAACCUGGCUCCACAUCUGCCACACCUCGCUCUUCACCCACCCAGGCGACUACCGCACCUUCACGCUCGCGAACUUCAGCUUCAUCCUCAUCCUGGGCAAAGACCACAAACUGCGCGCCUUCCACAACGUCUGUCGGCAUCGGGCGUAUACAGUCUGCACGAGGCCCGAAGGGCGGAGCACGUUGUUGCGGUGCAAGUAUCAUGGCUGGACGUACGAUUCGAUGGGGAGGUUGGUCAAGGCGCCCAAGUUUGAUGAUAUUGAAGGUGAAGUGGAGGGGUUUAGGAAGGAUGAGAAUGGGUUGUUUGAGAUUAGGAGUUGGGUGGAUAGUAGUGGUUUCCUCUAUGUGAACUUCGACGUGCUCGGUAGUGAUGGAUUAACUAUAAGGGUGGGUGUUCCGAUGAGGGCGAGUUUGAGUUUGGUGCAUAGUUGGGUGGUGGAGAGUGGGUUCAAUUGGAAGAUCGCGAUUCCCUCUGGAUCGUUUCGCGUCAAGGCGUUGGCGACGAAGAGCAGGAUGCCUGAGUUGCUCGGGCGUGUGGCGAACAGUCUUGGAUCAUGGAAGUGGCCGGCCGAAUUUGAGCUCGCUCCAUUGACCAGGCUGUUGCGGUCCGCUAAAGGAGAUGUCUUCCUGACGGUAUCGAUCAUUCCGACUGGAAGCCAAUCUUGCAAUCUCGCAUGCCAUCUGUACUCUGCGAGGGCUGAUGCAAAGAUCGAGACUCCGGUACCCAUCAUCAAGCAGGAGAUUGCGGCGCGUGUCGACAAGUUGCAGAACAUCUUCGAUGAAGUCAAGGAGACCGGAGAGAUUCCAGACGCACAGUCUCAGGAAGCUCUGCUCGCCGAGAUCAAAGCACAUUCGAGGCUCGAACGCUUGAUGGGCGAAGAGGUGUUUCCGGCUAGUCGGUUGCGAGAAAGCAGUCAGGCCUGCAAGGUUGCCGACGACUUGUGCAGACAACUGGAAGCCGAAGCCGCGACCGAAUCCGCUGUCAAGAAUAAGGGCGGUGAUGCUCUAGCUUGGUGA